ACAAGAUCCUGCAGACCUGUCGUACCCAGCUCGCAUUACUCGCUCUCCGGCAACAUCCGGCAGUUCAUCAAGUGGUUAACGCCCCAGUUCCCAACCUCCCAGAAUGUCUGCGAAGCUGUUCGUUGUGCUGGUUUCGGUGGCCGUUUGGAGCAACGCUCUGGUGACCGGCCAGGAGACUGGGUUGCCGCCGGUGGAAGACCUAUCCGCAGCGGAUGUGGCAGCGCAACACAAGGCCGUUGUGUUGCACGUACUGCAACAGCGAGCCACCAGUGUCCCGGCGGAGAACAGCGCUGCCGUCGCAGCCGUCCUCGCGGAAGCGGAGCAGCAGCUGGAAGCGUGCGCCGCUGCCUUGGAGCUCCACCAGCAAGUCUGGCAGUACAAGGUGUGUGCAUCGGUCGUCCAGCGCCAGGGUCUGGCCAGUCUGCAAGCCCUCCAGGCAACGGCUGGCGCAUCAUGAUCCUGGACCGAUCGGGUGUCGAUACAAGGGGUGUGAUUGAGUUGUUUACUAAACGAGAGCAUAAUCCAACGUA